AUGGCACGAAUUUUCAUCACAGGAUCUUCCGACGGACUGGGUGCCGUUGCCGCCCGCACGCUUCUCAAGAAAGGCCACCAGGUCGUCAUUCACGCUCGCAACGCCCAGCGGGCCGAAGAGGCCAAGUUGGCCGUUCCGGACGCCGAGACCGUCCUGGUCGGUGACCUGUCCAAAGUCGACGAGGUGAAGAGACUGGCCGCAGACGCCAACAAGCUGGGAACGUUUGAUGUCAUCAUUCACAAUGCCGGUUUCUACCGCGGUCCGUACCAAAAGACGGACUUGGGCCUGCCUACCUUGUACGCGGUCAACGUAUUUGCGCCGUAUCUUUUGACUGCCUUGAUCAACAGGCCGAAGACACUCAUCUACAUCUCUUCCGGCCUGCACAAGAGCGGCGACUCCAGCUUCACCGACCCGACCUGGCGCGAGCGCGGAGAACAAGGGUGGAACGACGAUCAGGCGUACUGCGACUCGAAACUGCACAUCACCACCUUUGCAAACGCGAUUGCUCGUCUCUGGCCGGAUGUGAAGAGCAACUCGGUUGAUCCCGGCUGGGUGCCGACGAAGAUGGGCGGACAGAGUGCGACGGGCAAAGCGGAGGACGGGGUCGCAAGUUACGUUCUGUUGGCGGAGGGAACCGGCGCGGGUGAUGUCACUGGGAAGUACUUCAAGCCUCCUGGGCAGGAAGACGACUCAGUACCGUUCACGAGUGAUGAGAAGAGGCAAGACGAGUUAUUGAAGCUUCUAGAGCAGGAGACUGGCGUCAUGCUACCUGUAGCAUAG